GAACUUCAGUUGCUGGCACUACAACUAGAUAAGGAAACAUCACGACGGCUAGCCAGAACAGAUGCUCUCAAGAGGGAAACACUUGCCUUAAAGUAUUUGACGUCCAACGAGAAAGCGCUGGUGACGUUCCUAAGCCAAAAGAACCUGUCUAAAGCCAGUUUAAGCUUCAAGAAGACGGACUCGGUUUUUGAUAUGGAGAUGCAGGCGUGGGCCAGAGAUAACGCUGCAGACGAAAGGCUCAGCCUUUCAAAAACAUCAGCAUCAUCUAUAGGUCACAUGUCCAGUACAGCUCCUACUUCCAUCGCUGGGAAAAGGCGCAUAACAAUAAGCGAAGCAGAGGAACGGAGAAGACGAAAGAGGUACUCUGGGGCUUCUGGCGUGGAUGAUUACGAUAGCAGUAGCAGAUCUAGCAGCAGACGGAGGGCUCGAAAGUAUACGGUGGAUGAGGAUGGUGAGCUUAGUGGUUACGGAUCUAGAGGGAGGUCAGGCAGAGCGUCUAGACAAGGGCAAGGAACAUGGCAGGGAACAGGGCAAGGAACAGGACAAGGAACAGGGCAAGUUAGAAAGUCAAAGUCAAGAAAAGGAAAGGCGACAGGUAUUGAGUCGGAGGAUGAUCGUUUCGAUACGUUCGCGGAUACCUAUGGCGCAGAAGCUAAACUCAGAUAUGGAUUUGAGGUGACUCCAGUUCGAUGCACGUGGUACCUAGCAGAGCCCAAUAUUCUGGUCUGUGUGCACCCAGUUUUGGGAGAGAUCCGAGCUACUAUUCCUACCAGAACGCCGUUAUCAAACACUCCAGAAUGGUGGGAGCAAAACCAAUACAGAUUUGAAGUAAUGUACGACCACGAGAUAUACACUCAUCCAAGCCCUCACUUCGAUGAUGACAAGUAUCAGGACGUAAUGAUAGCGUGGGAAGAUGAGGAAGUGCAGGAGGAAGAAUACAUGAAGGAGGGGGGCGAACAUUAUGCUGAAGAUGUAUAG